AUGGGCAUCUUUGUAUUCCAAGAAACGAUCGAGCAGGUCUCUUUUGGUGUUCGGGUUGCCAUUCUUAAGUCGCCUGUGGACUUCCUGAAUGGCCAUCUACCACUCAGUCAUCCGUCGGAAUGCCACCUCAGCGACAGCGACAGCGAGUCGAACGACUCAGCGCAAGACCAGGAGACAAGCCCGCGGACGAGCUCCAGCAGCUCGCAGCCGACGUUCGAUCCAGACACCGAUCCCAUGAUCGGCGAGGAGCUGGACCUGGAGCGCACGGUCACGCGACUGCGCACGCGCGAGGAAUCCGGCACCAAGGAGUUCUUCGCGGAGGCGACGUACCACGCGGGCAAGAUGGGCAAGCACAUUCUCAACUGGGCGAUCAUGAUCCCGACAGACGUGACGCUGAGUCUAUCGAAGGGGUUCCACAACGCCCCGAAGCUCUACCACGACCUCACCGUAGAGAAGACGCCCAAGGUACUAGGGGUGCGCAGCGGGUUCCGCGCUGCAGGCACGGAAUUCACGCACGGUCUCUACCACGGCGUGACCGGCCUGAUCACGCAGCCGAUGCUGGGCAUGGAGAAGUCCGGCGGGAAGGGCUUCGUCAAGGGGAUCGGAAAGGGCGUGGGCGGGGUCUUUUUCAAGCCCACUGCUGGUGUCUGGGGCCUCGCGGGCUACCCGCUGGACGGGAUCCAUAAGAGCCUGCGCAACUCGCUGGCGAAGAGCAAGACGAAGGAGAUCCUCACCUCGCGCAUCCGGCAGGGCAUCGAGGAGAUGAGCGCCGCGACGGCGCAGCAGCGGGCGGAGGUGAUCCGGCGUUGGAACGAGCUGGUGAAGGAGGGGGCGGCGGAAGCGGGGCACGACGACCGAGUAGAUUAGACGCAGCGCUGUAUACCCUGUUGCUUUGCCCAUUUGUGUACCUGUACUUAUAUAUAAUGUAUAGAUAGUCGAGGACAGUUGACUGAACUGAACGGAU